CGCAUCCCGAUGAAAGAAAAGACCAAAAUAAACGUUUAGGGGGGCCAACUUGGGAGCAGGUGCGAGGGUGAAAUGUCUGGGAAGUCGAAUUUCACAAUCGACGAUGCCUUUGACCCAGAUGACGAUGACAUUGUCCGCACGUACGGUUCUACGACGGAGAGCACGCCGCUGAAACCACGGCAGCAGCAGCAGGCCAUGACAGCCACCGACAGCGUCGUUGUUCGGGUCGAAGAACCCAGCAAGGACCGAAGCAGCAACAAACCACUCAGCAGGCUCAAGCUUCCUGAAGACAACCUGUCAAAGGAUAGCGACUCCUUGAUCCAGUGUGACCCUAACUUCCAGAAAUACGACGCCAGAGAUGGGUGGUGGACGCACCCCAAAGUGCGCGAAAACUGGAAAGUGAUGCUGGCCGCUUUUGGCCUUUUACUCACUGGCCUAGGCCUCAUUGCUACUGGGAUAGUUGUGCAAAUACUGCCUAGAGUUGGUGUACAAGGUCUGGUCUUCUUUAUUGCUGGUGCCAUUUGCUUCAUUCCUGGAGCAUACCACGUGGUGUAUGUAUAUUGCGCUGUGAAAGGGUGCCGUGGCUACGACUUCUACAACCUGCCACUGUUUAACUAGACUGCAACUGUGGGCAGUAACCAAAGUGGACCAGACCGAUUUUAUGCCGUGGAACACAGUCUGCUGUCUUCCCUGCAUUACUGUCUCCCGUCAUUUUUGGAGACUUUGUGCGGAGGUCACCGGCAGUGAAAUGCCGAAGAGUUUUAAAGCCAAAGGAACUUUUAUGUGUAUGGAUGUGUUGUGUUGUGGGUAUUUAUUAUAGGCUGGGUAAGAACAUUCUUGACUUCAUGUCCAUGAAAUCCAGUGGGCUCCCACAGAACGUAGUAUUUACCAGGGGAGGAAAUUGCUCAUUUGUUCACAGAGAUCAGGAUGCCAAUUUUUGUGGAAAGAAAAACAUUGGCAUCUGUAAUUUUUCACUCUCUGUAAUCAGGUAGUGCACCUUUAUACUGUGGCGUGACAUUCCCUGAGCUUGCUAUUGCUGUGAGGAACCCUCGAUGCGCUAUUGCCGCUUGCCGUUCAGUUAAACUGUGCCAGCAUAGUGCGAGAGACGAGGGGCCAUUUCGACUGAGGAAGCUUGUGUAUGGCUUGAGCACUGCACUGCAAAGGCAAUGAGUUUUCAUGGCAAUUUGAGACAUUUAGAAGUUUUCCUGUGGCAGCUAUUGGUGGCAUUUAAAAAAUUCAUGUUCAAGUCUGUGGUCUUGCCUUUUUCAAACUACACUCACUAAUGCCAUCAUCCAGUGCUGUCAUUGUCUGAAGCGUGAUGCAGCUAUGUUUGCCACCGAUAAUGCAGCAUUACAAUGUGGUACUGCCCUCAGGUUCUGCUUGCUGUCCCGGGUGUAUGUUUGCUGUCUAUGCCUCGUGGUGAACUGUUGUAAGGGGACACCAUUUUUAUGCAGUUCUUCAUUUUGCUAUGACACAAGAUGGCCGUUAUUUGCACAGUGUGUGUAAUGCUGACUCCAGGUCAUAAUACUAUCUGGCUGUACGGCUAAAUUAAUAUCUUGUGAGGCCUCAUUACUAGGCAGUUGCGUGUGGCAAAUAUUUUGUCUUGCCUUCAAGGUCAUUUUGCUCUCCUGUCGUUUGCAUUAGAGGCUGUGAAGCAUCGAGCAGGUAUAGCAGUAGCAUUGCGUUUCGUUAUCCACAUUCAUUAUUUAAUUAUAGUGCAUGUCAUCAUUUUAGUACUUUGCAGUACAACUUUUUCUCUUAGUGGUGUUUCUACGUGGAAACUGUGACCUGCACCAUAUGUUCAUGAGAACUGUGUCAGCUGCUUUUGAGUGCAGCCGAGAUCAAAGAAUUCAGCUGAAUGUUGCAUUGCUAGGUAUAUGUGGUUCUUUUAUCAAAACUGCUAGAUUGUUAGUGUUAAAGUUUUGAAUAGAGGUGGAAUUUUCCGAGUGGUGUCUUCUUAUAAUGUCGAAUUGAACUGAUUGCCCAUUUCAGUGUAUAUAUUUCAUUAUGAAUCAGUCAAAAUUAUGAAAAAGAAAGGCAGCAUACUGCUGGUGCUCCCUAUCACUUUGAUGGUACAUGAAGGCAUACUUCAUGGAUUGACUUGUUACAAAUUGUAGCCUAUAACUGUUCUGUUUGUGUAAAUUUUAAACUCUCUGCAUAGCAUCAUCAAACAAUGCACAUAUUUAUGUGUGUACAAAACAGGCCAGUUUAGUGCCCUAAUGCGUUUUUGAGCUCUACUUGUUUCAACAUGUCCUACUCUGCAAAAUUUGCGGCCAUAGGCACACUUGAUUAAUUCGAAGAGUCAACCAGGCCUUCCUCAUUAUGUAACAUUCAGCACUUUACACUAUGGUUUGCAACAUUAUGGUCACACGUGAUGGUUUGGGGGAAGGUUAUUUUGGAUGACUUGUUUUGAUUGUGUGCCAAUGUUUAGUUUCUCAAUGUUCCUAGGACUGUGUUUCUAAGUUUACAUUUACAGUGUUUGUAGUGCUGCAAUUGAUGUACCCUUUCUUUUGUGAGCUGUUUCAUGGUUUAAUGGUGAACCGUAGUGGUGCAAGAGUGUAUGUACUCUUGUCACUGCCAUUGCCCAUGCAACUGCAUCUGUCUAGUCUCAUCUGAACUGCAGCUUCUUUUUGCAAGUAACUAUAUACUCUUUAUUUUAGGUACUGCAGUGUUUAGAAUUCUAAACAGGCCACCGCACUCAUAUCAGCUCUCCAGCACUUCCAGAAUUGCACAACAUUGUAGAGCAACGUGGCAAUUUUUACAGACUGCCUUGUUUGAUAAGAGGAAGGUGGUAUGCUGAGAGCCAUAGUAAUGUUCAGUGGAGCAUCUGCGAUGAUCAUCCAUGGGCAUUGUCAGCCAUAGAAAUGACAGGCUGAUAGUCCUAAUGAUGACAUUUUUACUUUAUCAGCCCAAUAACAAAAGAUACGUGUAAAGCUUGUCGUUCUAUAUUCAGUCAUUGAAUUUGUGUUUACUGCAUCUUAUUCAAACUCAACGUUCAAUUAUGAGGUAUGUUGCUGCGCACCAUGUGCAAAUGAGGUUGAUGGCAGUGUUUUCCCCUGAUGUCAGGUUUUUUUCGACAAGUCUCUGUUUGACACAUGUAUAUUUUUUGAACGUUUUGCAUGUGCUCCAUGUUCUGUUACAGUGAAGUGCUUUCCUCACAUUUAUGACCUGUAACUGGAAAGCACUAUUCCGUUUUCGGAUUUUAGGCGAAAGUAUGGAACAGCUUUUUGAAGCCUCGUGCUUUCUCUGAACUCUUCAAACAUGUGAACUGUGGGGACUUCACUGUGGCCAAAUACCAUGCAGAAUGUGGUGCAUUCCAGCCAUAUUAUUUUAGUAAUAAUGCUCACUGUUUAUCAGAAGCUCAUGUACACUUGUUUGUGACAGAGCGGUAAUAAAUACAAAAUUCUUCA